CUUAUUUUGGGAUUAGGACAGGGCUGGAGCCUGCUGGUGGGUGUAUGCAUGGUGUUAUUAGUGCCCCUGGUUCAUAUUGCCACCUGCUAACUGAGGAUCUGUCUGCACUAUGCUGAGAGUGCUGAGAGUCAGAAACCAGCUGCUUCCUGCCCUGCAUGCAGCUCCCUGUCUGCACCACCCCUUCAGACCAUACAGCAGAGAUCCCAGCACCCAGGGCAGUGUUGAGGAAACACAAUCUUCAGUUUUGGGAAAGAGAUGGAAAGACACCGCAGAAACCGUCAUCAUUGGCGGAGGGUGCAUAGGUGUGAGCUUGGCAUAUCAUCUCGCCAAGGCUGGCAUGAAAGAUGUCGUCCUUCUGGAGAAAUCAGAACUAACAGCUGGAUCGACGUGGCAUGCCGCUGGACUGACUACAUACUUUCACCCUGGGAUUAACCUGAAGAAAAUACAUUAUUAUAGCAUCAGACUGUAUGAAGAUUUAGAAGAAGAGACUGGACAGGCUGUUGGCUUUCACACGCCGGGCAGUAUCAGGAUCGCAUCAACACCAACACGAGUGGAUGAAUUGAAAUACCAGAUGACCCGCGGUCGCUGGCAUCCAAAUCCACAGUAUCUGAUUGGGCCUGAAAAAGUGAGAGAGCUGUUUCCUCUGCUGAAUAUGGAUAAGGUUAUAGCUGGUCUAUAUAAUCCUGGAGACGGACAUAUAGAUCCUUAUUCACUAACGAUGGCUUUGGCUGCUGGAGCCCGGAAAUAUGGUGCCCAGCUUUAUUUCCCCGCCUCAGUGACUAAUCUUACCCCUCUGAUCGAUGGCACCUGGAAUGUGGAAACCCCCCAAGGAACGAUCCAUGCAAAUCGCAUUGUGAAUGCUACAGGGUUCUGGGCUCGAGAAGUUGGGAAACUGAUUGGCUUUGAACAUCACCUGAUUCCGGUUCACCAUCAGUAUGUUGUGACGGCAACCAUUCCCGAGGUAAAAGCCCUGAAAAAGGAACUCCCUGUCCUGCGUGAUCUGGAAGGAUCGUAUUACCUACGACAAGAGAGAGAUGGACUUUUAUUUGGACCUUAUGAAGCUCAAGAGAAGAUGAAGCUACAAGAGUCUUGGGUGACAGAAGGUGUCCCACCAGGUUUUGGAAAAGAAUUAUUUGAGUCGGAUCUAGACAGGAUCAUGGAACACGUGGAAGCAGCUAUGGAGAUGGUUCCAGUUCUGAAAAAAGCAGAUAUUAUUAAUAUAGUUUCAGGGCCCAUAACAUACUCCCCUGAUAUUCUCCCAAUGGCUGGUCCUCAUCAAGGUGUGCAGAAUUACUGGGUAGCCAUUGGCUUUGGGUACGGCAUAGUUCAUGCUGGCGGUAUUGGUAAAUUCCUAAGUGACUGGAUUCUAGGGGGUGAACCUCCGUUUGAUCUCAUUGAAUUAGAUCCAAAUCGAUACGGCAAAUGGACCACUACACAUUACACGGCCUUGAAGGCCAGGGAGUCAUACGGCUUCAAUAACAUUGUUGGUUAUCCUAAAGAAGAGAGGUUUGGAGGAAGGCCGACAGAGAGAGUGAGUGGUAUUUAUGAUGUCCUGAAGACAAAAUGUUCCAUGGGAUUCCACGCGGGAUGGGAACAACCUCACUGGUUCUACAAACCUGGAGAUGAUGUUGUAUACAAACCAAGCUUCCGCAGAACAAACUGGUUUGAGCCUGUUAGGAGGGAGUAUUAUCAGGUCAUGGAAAAAGUUGGUGUGAUUGAUCUGACGCCGUUUGGCAAGUUUACUGUUAAAGGAAGGGAUGCUGUUAAUUUUCUGGACCACGUGUUUGCCAAUACCCUUCCAAAGGUGGGCUUUACAAAUAUAAGUCACAUGUUAACUCCGAGAGGUCGUGUAUAUGCCGAGCUAACUGUUUCUCAUUUAUUGCCUGGAGAAUUUUUGCUGGUUACUGGUUCUGGAUCCGAACUUCAUGACCUGAGGUGGUUAGAGGAGGCUGCAGUACGUAACCAGCACAAUGUGGAGAUAGCCAAUGUUACCGAUGCAAUUGGCGUACUUGGCAUAGCUGGACCUCAUUCCAGAGACGUUCUUCAGAAACUGACAGCAGUUGAUCUCAGCGACGCUUCCUUCAAAUUCCUUCAGUCCAAAAAAAUCAGCAUUGCUGGGCUUCCGGUGACAGCCAUUCGAAUAUCAUACACAGGGGAAUUGGGCUGGGAACUGUAUCACAGGAGAGAGGACACGUUAAAACUUUACAACAGCAUAAUGGAUGCCGGGCAGGAACACGGGAUCGACAAUUUUGGAACCUAUGCCAUGAAUGCGUUGAGACUGGAGAAGGCUUUCCGAGCCUGGGGAGCCGAGAUGAAUUGUGAUACGAACCCACUGGAAGCCGGUCUGCAACAUUUUAUAAGAUUAAACAAGCCAGCAGACUUUAUCGGCAAACAGGCGCUCCAGCGUAUCAAGGAGGAGGGUCUGAAGCGCAAACUGGUGUGUCUCACCAUGGAAACGGAAAACAUUGAUCCCGAGGGUAAUGAAAGUGUCUGGUACCAUGGAAAGGUAAUCGGUAACACCACAUCGGGGACAUACAGUUACAGCACCAGCAAGAGUUUGGCAUUUGCCUAUGUACCGACAAGACUCAGUACGGCUGGGCAGAAAGUGGAGGUGGAACUUCUUGGUAAGAAUUACCCGGCUAUUGUAAUCCAGGAACCCCUGGUCCUGACCGAGCCAACCAGGAACCGCAUGAAGAAACAAACUGGAUGAACCAAUCUGUAACUCAAGUCAUCAUCUUCCUGAGCCAUGAAACACACUACUUACAACAUCUCCAACUGGCUCAGCCAUUAAUGUCCACAAUGUCCUGUCUGUCACAAUCCCAGCUUUGUGUAAUAAGACGCUAUCAGGGCUGAAUUCUGUUACAGUUAUGACUGAGUUCAAGAAACAUUUUCUGAGGUAUAACCCACAGCGUCUUAUCUUCAGUGUGGGCAUAGACAUAUACUGCAGGAGAGAACUGCUCUUCUAAGCAUUAUGGAAAUAGUGUGACCGUCACUUGGGAGAGUCAUUAAUUCUUUAUUUGAAUUAUGGAAAAAAAAAAAUCAUUAAAACGUGAAAUGUAAAUAAAUAAAUAGAAAACUCCUGGCCCUCCCAUUGAUCUUGGUGGGAGUGCUGUACACAUGCCAUAAACUGCUGCCCAGCUAAAGUGAUUGUUGGGGUUAUUUGAUUACUUUUGGAUCAAAAAUAAAGAGGAAUAUUCAGACGGUU